AUGAGGAGGAUGAGCGGAGACCACCUUGGAACGAAACCAUGCCCACAACAAGAAGUAGAGGAAGGAAAUGGCGAUCCAACAACGGCGGCGACCCAAACGGCGACCAUAGGUCUAUUGGCGGCAGCACCCGGCGUCGUUCAUACUCAACAAUGGCGUUCACCGUCUCCUUUGUGGGUCUCGGUGGCUCCCCCGACUUCCUUACGUCUCCGGUGGCAACAAUGUGGUGGUACUCGUCGUGCAUUUAUAGAUCAGAUAUCUGUUCUUACCCUUCCUUCCAAUCCCCAACCUCAAGUCAUAAAAUCACAUCAAGACUACAUAAAUCAUUUGUCUUGUGAUAAUCGACCCAAUUUCAAUCUUCAGUUCAGAUCUCCUGUUUUACUCUUUAUAAUUUCCGACUCGAGCAUAAAAUUCGAGCUUAAAGAGGGAACUCUCCGAUUUGCACCAAUGCAAUCCCGACCCACAAAAUUCACCAUAAAAAUGGGCGGAAAAGUGCAUGAGAUCACGCCAUGCACCAAUCAGAACCGCCAAAAGACAAUAGAAAAUGACCAAAAUGCCCUCGAGGUGCCAACCAUCCCAUCCAACAGCGAUAGCAAAGGAACAGAUCACAUCCCAAACGCUUCUUCUUCCUCCGAAUAUUCCACCGAAGAUGACGAAAACACCCCUCCACCAUAUCCCGACUCCCAAAAACAAAUGGUUAUUUACAACCCUUCUUCAAAUCAUUCAAAUGCAAUCACAUCCAUCCAAAACAAGCCCCGAUCUUUUCCUAAAAAGCAUUUAGAUCCCAAAAGAGUAGUGCCUGAAGUCGGUGCUUUCACUGUCCAAUGUGCUAAUUGCUUUAAAUGGAGAUUGAUCCCUGAUCAAGAAAAAUAUGAGGUGAUCCGUGAACAUAUCACGGAUCACCCGUUUCUGUGUGCCACCACACGUCAGUGGGAUCGUCACAUUUCGUGUGACGAUCCCACUGACAUCGAGCAGGAUGGCUCGAGAAUUUGGGCUAUUGAUAAGCCCAAUAUCGCAAAGCCUCCUCCAGGGUGGAAGAGGCUUUUGAGGCUUAGAAGUGAAGGGAGCUCGAAAUUUGCUGACGUGUAUUAUGCUUCACCAACGGGUACUAAACUUCGCUCAACACCUGAAGUUGAAAAAUAUUUGGCUAGCCAUCCAGAACAUGCACAAGGAGUUGCAAUAAACCGAUUUUCAUUUCAAAUCCCAAAACCUUUACGCGAUGACUAUGUGAGAAAACGUCCUUCUCAGAAUCAAGAACCUUCACCAGUUCAACCAAUAGCAUGGGCGGGCCCGGUAGACAACUUUAAUUUGCAAAUAGCAGAACCGUUAUCGUGGGCGGGUCCCACAGGGAACCAAAAUGGUAUGCCGGAAGCUAAGAAGAGAAAGGUCUCAGGGAUGAAGCCCUAG